AUAACUUGCAAACUAUUUUGUUUCCUAGGGAACUGGUCAAACAAUCGUGCAGAAAUAAUUUAUUUACAGACAAGUUUUUAACAAGUGGAUAUUUUGGGCAGACACAAAAAGCCAAUAAUACACCCGGCGACAAUGAUGUACAAAAGUAUGGAAAGUGUCGGUUUGGUGGAGUUAUCGACCGUGCCAGUGCAUCAGGAGCCGUUCCCGGAGGAAUAAAUAAACUAUCUGAAAAUCUAGAAUACUCCCCUCACUAUUUCCUUCACAAAAAUGCAGCAACAUUAGCUAUUGAACACACACGAUUUUACUUGUUUGAUAAAGAUCAUGGACUAUGCAAUAUUUUCGGACAUGAAAAAUGCAACAAACUCUUAACAACUGUCACGGAACCAGCGUCGAUUUUUGUCGACGUAGAAAAUGGAGAUGUCCGGCACGAGCUCGUGCAAAAAUUGAAAGACUCAGACAUGCACGUGCUGAAUAAAAUCUCGUUAGGAGAUGUAUGUGGGCACACAGACGAUGCAAUUGUUGUGGUACGAUAUAACACCAGUUCAUCACAAACACAGGGUCAAGAACCUUGGCAAUGUGAUAAUAAAAAUAUUCGUGUAUAUGACAUAAAAAUUGUCGGUGAGGACACUCAAGAAUCGAGACAGAGGAGAGCUCUAGGUGGCCUUGACUUUUAUCACUUGAUUGCGGACACUUCUGGUGGUACUGUCUACGAAACAACGAAAAGUAACAUCGCUGCUGUUGUUGAUAUCAUUAAAGAAUCUGUCACAACGAAACCUCCAUUGACGAUUUUGAAAUUUAAAUUGUUGACUUCAAGCAAUAACUCGUUUGAGAUCCCAGUUGACAAUCUGAUUCAAAACCUAACCAUCAAGGUACAAGGCUCCACAUCAUCUGUACCCACAAUGCACCUAUACAGACCGUCAGGUACGCAAGAAACAUUCAGUAACGCUUCAGUUAGUAAACAGCAAAUUCUUGGCACAAAGUUAAGGGUCAUUCAUAUAUACAAUCCCGCCCCAGGUAUAUGGAGAAUGGAACGCGUAUCAACGUCAUUAAUUGACGUUGACGUCACAGGAAGUACCGACCUUCAAUUUUCGUACCAAUUUAUGCAGCCAGGUCCGGGUGGUUACGGAGACUAUCCUCUGAUAGGAAGACCGAUUGCAGGUGAAAAUAUGACAAUUCAGGUGUCGGUACCUCUUGUAGACAAAGUUGGCUCCAUAGACAGUCUAUUGCUGGUAGACAGAAAUGGAAAAGUUGUUGCUAAUAGUACCCUGAGAAAUGUCGGCGGAAGACGCGGGAAAUCUUUGUUUAAGACGCACGUUGUCAUUCCGGCAAAGGAGUUUGAAAUAGCACUAGAAGGAAAGGAUAAAGCUGGAAAUGUAUUUCGACGUCUUGAUCCAAAAAUAAUUACUGCUCUGGCAAUACAGCUGGAAGUGUUGCCAUCUAAUGGAACGUUGUAUCUUAAACAAUCGAUCACUAUACCAUACCGUGUGAAAAACGUCGGCGCCGGCACAGCUACGAUAACGGUCUCUAUUACCGACGACAAAGGGUUUGCGCAGUCACCGACCAGUAACACGUAUACGGUCAGCAGUAUGGCGUCUAACAAUGGGUCGUUCACAUUAAAGGCAGGAUCCAUAAAAGGCGAAACAACCACGGUGACUAUAUCGGCGAAAGCAUCAGGGUCAUCAAACAAUAAGGUCCAAUAUAACGUGCAAAGAAUCACAGUUGAGGAGAAAAUAAUCCGGGUUAUUGAUACAAAAGCGCCUACAUGUAAUAUUACAAGCAUGACAGGAAAAUGUGAUUUCGGGGCAGAUAUUUGCCAAUGUUCCAAACAAACUUGGGAGAUGAAAGCAAAUGUUGGCGACGAUGGCGAUGGUCUGCUGUCCGUGUUCUCUUCUGGUGCUGGUCCAAAGUCAACCUUCAAGAAUGACUCGUUCAGUAUUGGACACAAACUGUCCAGCGGCGUUAUCCAUACAACUCUAAGCGCUGAUUGCUGUCACCAGCAAGCGAAGAUAACCGUGGUAGAUCUGGCCGGAAAUGUUGGAUUAUGCGAUGUGAAUAUUACAGCUGGAUUUGUCGCCCCUGAUCCCAAACUCUGUAUACAUCCAAACAAUGCUAAACCAGUUACGACCAAUGCCAACGUCACCACUAUUUCGUGCAACAUCACUAACAUAGUUGACACGUGCAACGGAAAUGCCUCUGGAAACCGGAAGCCGUGUGAGAAUACGUUCUGGUCUGCUGAAGCCCAGCUUGGCAAUGAAGGUUUUGGGCGUAUUCAAGUGGCCGCAGUGAAUGCCGGGAGACAUGCAAAUCUUACUAAACUUAAUCAUACAGUUAAAUUAAGCACGGAUUGUUGUCAUCCGGAUGUUUAUAUCAAUGUGGUAGAUGUUGCUGGCAAUACCGGCCAGUGUCACACACAGAUAACCGCCAGCACUAAUAAACCGGGGACUGGUGCCAGUAGUGCGGCUAGUAAAGCGCCCCCUAUUGGUAUUAUAGCUGGAGCUGCAGCAGGAGGCGUGGUCGUACUGAGUGCUGUCGCUGGAUUGGUCUAUUACCUAAAGACAAGGGCGGGCAAAAUCGGCCCGGACACAAAUGCAGUGACACCUUUGUCUUAAGUUUGGCAACAAAACUGUAGAUACUGAAUCUAAAUUAUUUCUGUCUCUCAAUUUGUGAUAACUUUUAAUAUAAGUGUACAUGGAAA